GGGUAGUCAAAUUGUCAAUUUUCAGUGUCGUCACAACAUGGCCGCCACUUUCUAUUUUCUUAAUCAUUUUGUACAAACGUAAAAUCUCUUUUUUCUCUGGAAAAACCCACGAAAAUCUCUGAUAAAUUGUGGGUUAGAGUGUCGUGCGAGGGGUGUUGAAUCUCAGGGUGGUGCAGACGGACAAUUUGGUGUGGGUGCGUGCGUGCUGGGUGAGUGAAAGUGAGGGGGAAUGGAGCAAACAUCAUCGCCAAAUGGACGAUUCCUGACUGGUGACAAGACGCAGAAGGGCAAUGAGACAUCCAGUGACUCCGACAGAACACCAUCCGGCAGCAGCACAGCGAUGACAACGAACACAGUGGACCCCAAGAGUAGCCCAGCAGAUGGUUCUGGGCAGAAACGCAUUGGAUGUGCUCACUACAAAAGACGCGCUAAAUUUGUGACUCCAUGCUGCAAUAAGACGUACAUGUGUCGCUACUGCCACGAUGAGCACGAAUCCCACUACUUCAAUCGCCGGACAGUCACGCAGCUGAUCUGCACGGAAUGCGAGACGAGGCAGCGUGUCCAGUCUGAGUGUGAGAAGUGUGGGGUGCGCUUUGGCAAGUACACAUGCCUAGUGUGCAAUUUGUUUGACGAUGAGGAGAAGGAUCAGUACCACUGCGACGGAUGUGGCAUCUGUCGUGUUGGCGGGAAGGACAGAUUCUUCCACUGCGAGGUCUGCAACAUGUGUCUUCCUCUGCAGCUGAAGAUCGAUGGGCACAGGUGCGUGGAAAAUGUCUCGCGAUCCAAUUGUCCAGUUUGCCUGGAAGACAUCCACACUUCGAGGAUUCCCUGUCACAUUCCCGACUGUGGCCACUUAAUUCAUCGCACGUGCUUUGAGGAAUUGCUGAGUUCUGGCCAUUAUGCUUGUCCCUCGUGCCAGACAUCAAUGAUUGAUAUGUCAAAAUUGUGGGAGUAUCUGGAUCAGGAGGUGGAGAAUUCACCCAUGCCAAAAGAGUAUGAGAACUAUAUGGUUGACAUUCUAUGCAAAGAUUGUCACAAGGAGUCAAAUAUUCCUUUUCAUGCUGUUGGACUCAAGUGUUCUUUCUGUGGCGCCUACAAUACGUGCCAGACAACUAAAACAACUGAUCGUGUUAGUUCAGCGGCUAAUGCCGAUGGCGAAGGAAAUUGAGGAUUGCGCACACCUCUCAGGAUCACUUCCAAAAUUAAAAAAAAUGAAAUGAAAUGGCAAUUGAUUUCUUUGAAAACAAAACAAAAAUACUUAUAGGGUAAGUGUGCCAAAUUUCGGCAUAGUUGUAUGCAAGCGCCAAAGUCUCAUGUUUGAAAUGUAAUAUCUUUAAUAAAAAUUGAUUUUUUUAUUCCUUUUACUUAAGAAGGAGUGUUGCUUAGAACCUUUUAGACAGUUUAUCGUCUUUAUUUUCUCUAAAAUCAUUCUUAAUACAUUUUAAAAUGAAUAAAAAAGUAGACAUAGCUUUGGUGCCCUAUUUCGGCCACCUUCAUUCUCAUAGUUCCUUGCCCUUCAGGAAUUCUUCCAAUGCCUUUUUCACGUCAUCUCGUUUGUCGAAGCUACAUUUUUCGUUAUUCUUUUGCAUUGUAUAAUCUCUAGAGUAUGUAAAAACUAAAAAUUCAUGGAAAUUCGAGGAACAAAAAAGGUGGCCGAAAUUGCAAGCUGGCCGGAAUUUGGCACACUUACCCUAUCACUCCUCAGAAAAUUGAUAGUGAAAGAGAAAAGACGAUAUGAGGAUGAAAAUUCCUCAAGAUAUUUUACUCAAUAAUCUUUACAAAUUAUUUUGACUCCCAGAAAUUCAGAAAAAAAGUGAUUUUUUUGAAAAGAAAAACUGCAUGAUGUGUGAGAAGGAAACUCAAAUGAAUAUUUUAGAGAGAUCUUUUGUGAAUUGAGCGUGUGUUGGUUUUGUUUUUUGUUUACUUUUUUUUAAUAAAAGAUACACAAGAUGGA